CGGACUUUACAUACAUAGCAGACCCAACCAAACCCCAUUGAACUUCCCAACUCCCAACUCCCACACCACAUACAAAUACACCACCUCACCAUCGGAGAGAUAGAGUCUUUCUGAAUCUCCCUCUCUCGCACCUCUGCCAACGACGCAGUCAUGUCGAACCAUUCCAUCAUUCGCAUUACCAAGGUAUGUUUCAUGCCCGCCUACCAUCAUGGCCAUGGCGGGGUCGCAAGGCUGACGAUGCCUCACAGGAAUUGGCAGAUAUCCAGAAGAACUCGGAUCUUUGUAUGUUCACCACUACACACAGAUGCCCUAUACGUAUAGGUAUACGACUCCCAGGUCUUCUUCGUACUGACUCUCUCUUGUAUAGCGCUCGCGGUUGCGUGCCGCGAUGUCGACGUUCGAAACGUGAAGGCUAUCAUCAUCGGCCCCUCUGAUACCCCAUAUGAGUUUGGCUUUUUUGAGGUUGGUGAAAUGCGACCCCACAUACACAAGCUUGAGUAUCCUGCUAAUUCUUCCCAGUUCCAGGUCAAGUUUGGCAAAGGUAUCUACACGGAAGAAACACUGGGCGCAUAGAAUUGGAGACUAAGGUGUUACAGAUUAUCCUGCAAAGGCUCCAACAGUUGUAGCAACAACGACAAACGGAGGCCGAUGUCGCUUCAACCCAAAUAUUUACGCACAAGGAAAGGUUUGCUUGUAAGCUUGCGCCGCAAUUCCUUUGCUUCAUUCAUUGACUUGCUAAUUGUUGCUGCAGGUCAAUUCUUGGGUAAGCACAUAUUUAGUGGAUUCAAAGUAGAAUCAAAUGCUCACAAUUCCCAAAGUACAUGGAGAGGAGAACGAGGGGAGGAAUGGUCAUCCGCACAGGGCGUCGAGUCUAUCUUGAUAUCCAUACAAAGUCUAAUGUCCUCGAAUCCCUAUGAAAAUGAACCGGGUUUCGAGACGGCCAACGAUGAGGGUGACAAGAAGAAUCAGAAGGAAUACGUAGCCAAGGUUGGUCUUACAGAAGUCGACCAUUGAUUCAUGUUAACUCAGGUUCAGAUUCGCCACGAAUCCCUUCGCAUCUCAGUUAUCCAACGUCUGGAAGAGUAUUUGGGGAUUUCUCCGACUGGCGAAGUUGCACCACAAUGUCCCUCCACCAGUGAUAGUGACGACGACAGUCAUGACAUUGACCGAGACUAUGACGAAGGAUCAGUGAAUUUUGAGCCAUUCAGAGACUUGUGCAAACGACGCUUCCUGUGGUACUUUGAUUCAUAUCUCCUUGCCAUCAAGAAAGCCAGCGUCGAGGUCAAAGAUGGUCAACAAUUUACCCGUAUGCCAUUCGAGUGCACAGGUAACUGUAUGGAGGGAAAGUUCAACUACACCGAGUUGGAGAGACGACUGAGACUUAUUAAGAAGACUUUGGACGAAGAAACUGAUAGAUGGGCAGUAGAAGGAUUGAUCAUUAAGAAGCGUGAAGGUACCGCUGCAGCCAAUCUGCAGAGACAGUACGAACAGGUAGUCGAGGCCUACAAGCGAGAUAAGAAUGUCACCUUGACUAUUGAGCUGGUUGACAAGAACCCUUUCGUUUGGUGUAUCGCAUACUUCGGUCGGCCUAUGACAAAUUUGGAUGGAGGCUUGUUCCGUAUCAAGCUGUCCUUUAGCCCAAGAUUCCCGGACGAACAGCCCCGAGCCAAGUUUGAGACUUCGCUUUUCCAUCAUCGAAUAGCGCUUGAUGGUACACCAUGCUAUACUACAAAGCGUGUCGAGGAUGCAAAGUCACACAUUGAGGCUAUUAUUGAGGCGUUAGAAGAAGAGUCCCCUCCUUACGAUCCUCGAACUCUCGUUAAUCCUGAAGCUUCGAAGCUCUUUUGGGGCUCGGCUGAUGACAAGAAGAUGUACAAUCGCAAGCUUCGAAGAGCGGUGCAGAGAAGUAUGGAGUAA